GAAAGGAAAAACUGUUUCCGGGGAGCAAACAUGCUAGCGCGUCUCUGAACCGUCCGAGUUCUCACCUGCGACCAUAGCAUCUCUCCACCAACCUCUGGUCCGAACAAACGCCACACGUCAACCUUGACAGUUACGGCUAGAAGUGGGUAAAAUCUGGUACACGUGUGACAUUAUUACACGUGCGUGGACGUUGACCAAAGACCUCUCUCUCUCUCUCUCUCUCUCUCUCUCUCUCUCUCUCUCUCUCCACCCUGGCAUUUCCCCAUUUCGAUGGCAUUUUUCUACCUAAGCAAGAAAUUCCAUUUGUGCAUAAUGUCAUGGAUGAGCUGGAAACACAUCUACAGAAAAACAAUUGCAAAAGUGUGCUCUUGUUCCCCCCAUUACCUAGCAGACUGCGAUACCUAAUUCACAAGACCACAGAGGAUCUGCCAGAGCUCACCACCUUCUCUGUUGGGGACAGCUGGUGCCGCAGGGUGGUGGUCUGCCAUUCUGAGCUCAGAAAUGUAUUAGAAGAUGACAGUGAUUUUGAAAGUAACAGCUGCUUAUAUGAAGAGCCCCCAAGUAGCCGGGUGGAGAUGGAAGGCAACGUAAAGACUAAACCUUCAGUCCCAUCGCGGAGCCGAGCACCUAAAAGGCCUGACCAGCCCCUGUACAUGCCACGAGCUGCUCGGGAGAGACUAUCUUUACAAAACACACAAGGCCCCACAUCAAACACAGACUUAGAAAGCUCAGCUAAUUGUAGCAGCGCCUCUACCAGCAGUUCAUCAAACCCUUGUUCUUGUUCCGAAACUACAGAAAUUACAACAUUCUCAUCCACUUCCAACCAGGAAUCAUGCCUCGGUGUAGUGGAUGGUAUUCUUGACACUUCUGCAAACAGUUCAGUGCUGUGUCAUCAGGAGAAGAGGCAAAAGCAAGCACUGAACAUGCAUGAACAUGAGGGUCUUGUUUGGGAGCAGACGCAGUCCUGUUUCGCUGACAUGAACUUGGAGGAUGACAAGAGACAGGAUCUCGCUGGUGUGCCACACAGUGUUCAGCCAGAAGAUACCGACGCAGAUAACUUAAUUGAGCAGAUUAAGGCACAUCUGAAAGAAGCAGAUAGUGUUUCUAUUGAACACGUUCACAACGACUACUCCGUCUAUGAGAACAUUUCACUCAACUCGGAUGACUUUCGGCAUGUGAUCGAGAUCUACGACUUCCCAGCUAUGUUCAAGACAGAUGAUCUUCUGGAUGCUUUCACAGAAUACAGUGAUGGUGGAAUGAAGAUCAAGUGGGUGGACAACACACAUGCUCUGGGGGUUUUCUCCAGCGAGGCAGCAGCACUGCAUGCCCUCUCCAUCUGCCACCCAUUGCUGAAGGCACGAGCACUGUCUGAAGGGAGUAGAAAAGCCCAAGGGAGAGCUCUCAGACGGGCUGAAUUUAUCCAGCCAGUGAAGGAACGUCCCAGGACGGACUGUGCCGUUGCCAGGCGGAUGGUGACCAGAGCUUUAGGCAUACGGGGGCGAGGCAGAGUGCAGAGAUAUUGAGAUGAUUUAAGCCCAUAGUUGAACACUACAGAAAGGUCCAACAGAAAUCUGCCUCCAUUCACUGAAGCUUAACGGAUGAGGAGAUGUACGACUGCUGUCCAGCAAUGUUCACCUGCUUCAGCUGAACAGGUUGGCAGAAUCCACUGCCCCACGUCACUAACAUCCACCCUGCUGAGGAGUCUGAGCUAGACCUGAAACUACCAGCAGCCUCAGAGCUGAUGUACUCCAGCUGAUUCUGUUUGUUGCAGCUCCUACUAACUUUCAGCAUCACUAAUAAGGCACAUAUGCCUCAGCAUUAAAGAAAUGAGGAUAAAACAGAUUUUUCAGAUGGUUAUGAUGGUUCUAAAAUUAAACAAGAUAGUUAGAAUGUUAUUGCAUGUUAACUCAAAACUCAAGUAUGUUUCAUUCCCAGACUAUUUUAAAGAGGUUUUGUUUCCCUGUUGCCUGUGUAGUGCAGGAAAGGUUGCAAUAUCCUACAGAAGUGUUCAUAGGUUGAUUCUCAGUAUUGGGUGGCAUUAUGUUGCAUGUGAAUGUUUUCUAAUGUUUAGUUGAUUUUAAGAACAAACAUUAACAUUUUUCAUUUAAUACAAACUUACCAUGGGUAAAGUUUUUUAGUUUUUUAAUUGCCAGCAGUUUGAGCCUUGGAUACUUAGAAUGUCAGACCCUUUCUACUUGUCACAGUACUGUUAUUUGUCAUGUUCUCACUUGAAAUCUAUUUCACAUCUUUAAAAAACAAUGUCCAGACAGUGCCAUUCAGAAAGAAAUGGCAAAAUUUGUAUUUAUUAAAAAAAAAAUAAUAAAAAAAAAUUCUUUGAGCUGAAA